AAUAUGAAGAAUCGACUCGUUCCCACUUCUCCGUGUGCAUAAUAGACCACGCAACUCUUUGCGGCCAUAACCACAUACUCGAGCCCAACUUGCACCUAGAGCAUCCAUGUCGACCGAAGAGAAAAAAGCCGACCCCGAGGCAGCGCCGCCGUCGAAAGAGGAGGCCCUACCUCCGCCCGCGGGUCCUCCAGACGCAGCGAGCUUGUUCACGGCGGACGUGGCUCUUCGAGGGUUGCUGUUCGCUUCCACGCUGGCUGCGCUCUUGGUCAUGGUCACGAGCAAGCAAACGAAAGUAGUUUUCGAUCCAAGAGUAUCACGCCUAGUGGCAGCUGAGGCUAAGUUCGAUAACUCUCCUGCUUUCACAUACUUUGUAGUGGCGCUCUCGGUGACUUGCCUCUACAGCAUCGUCACAGCACUUGCAUCCAUCUCAGUCAUCUUGAAGCCAGUCUUCUCAGCCAGCUUCCUCCUCUUCUUUGUGCUCUGGGAUGUGGUGAUGCUGGGAUUAGUGGCCUCAGCAACAGGCACAGCAGGAGGGGUUGGAUACAUAGGGCUGAAGGGGAACAGCCAUGUGGAUUGGAAAAAGGUUUGCAAUGUCUAUGACAAGUUCUGUCAGCACCUUGCAGCCUCCAUUGCAAUCUCACUCCUUGCUGCUUUUGUUCUCAUCCUCCUCAUCACCCUCUCCAUCUUCUCUCUGCACAAGAAGAUCCCAAAAUAGAAAGUGUGACUUUGGCUCGGCUAUUCGUGAUCCCCCUGUGAAGAUGUUGUCUAUGUUUUGUACCUCUAGUACAGGUAGAUAGAUCAUAGACGUGUUUUGCUUGUGAAUAAAAUAUGUAUCAUCUGUCCUCUUUAUUGUCACUGCA